AUGGACUGCAUCAGUUUUACAUGCUGCUUUGUUUGGAAUCUAAACCUUGUGACAGAGGUGACUCUCUGUGUGAACACAGUCACUGUCAUCCUUGUAUAUGCCACAGGGAAAAAGCUGGGAUACUGAGAACAGGGAUGUCGGAUUGAAACGUCACGUUUGUGGGAAGCUGACGGGGCAGAUUGAUCGCUCAGACACACAGCAAACAUGACCUCCAUCGCUCCAUUCAGCCGCAGGCAGUGGGCGUCCCAGUCACUGAGGGUCACCGCCAAGGAGCUGUCCAUCGUCUCGGCCCGCGGUAGAAACAACGCCAUCGCAGAGCGUUUCUCCAAGUAUCAGAUGGCAGCAGAAGAGGGGAAUGCAGAGAAGAAGAAAAUGGUUGCAGAACCUUUGCCUUCAACUCUGCGAGCUGGAAAUCUAAGUGUUUUAAAGAAACGCUGGGAACAACAACAACAACAACAACAACAACAACAACAACAACAGCAGCAACAGCAGCCAUCGUCCAGCCAUACAGCCAAAACUCAGGAGACCAUACCCACACACCCUCAGAUCCACUUCAGGCAAUCAUCAGGCCCCAAACCUAGACCCAAGUCACUGAUCAAAACCCGGAGUGAGACCCUGGAAUCCACCACUCUCUUGCAGGAGCAGGGCAGUAAUCAAGAGACACAGGUUCACUCUGAGAUCAGUGAAUCCACCUCCAGCCAGCUCCAGGCAGCUCAGCCACAGGACCUGACCAACAUGGAGAUCAGCAGAGAACCAGAGGGGCUGGAGGCGGCGGCAGCAGCAGCAGCAGCAGCUGAAGUGCCUGAAUGCGAGAAACCAAGCGUUCCACUCAACAGCCUCAAGAUGAUGUUUGAGAAGGGAGAGAACCUGACCAACCAGGUGUCCAGAGAGCAGACGAGCAGAGGAAACGGUGCCAACACUGCCAGCAUGGACCAGCUCCUCGGAGAUGGAAGUCUUGCAGACUCCACUCCUCUCCGGGACCGGAUGGCCCUCUACCAAGCAGCCAUCUCCAAACAGGAUGUCAGCAAUGAUCAGCUGGACAGUUUCUGUGGGAAACAGAAGGAGAACGUCCCUCCGUUCAAUCUGGACAUGAGUCCCGAGUCGGACCCAAACGGCAGAAAAGGUUUUACUACAGAGAGUAACGGCUCUGGUCCUGGCACCCCAGCGUACUCUAAUCAGAAAGACUCACCUCAGCCUAAGACUCCAAAAAGCUUCCGGCUGCCUGUGAGGGAGACCUGCGUGUCCUGUCUAAAGACCGUUUAUCCCCUGGAGAGGCUGGUGGCCAACCAGCACGUUUACCACAGCUCCUGUUUCCGCUGCUCACACUGCAACACCAAACUCAGUUUGGCAAACUACGCCUCCCUGCACAACAACGUCUACUGCAAGCCGCACUUCUGCCAGCUCUUCAAGGCCAAGGGCAACUACGAUGAGGGUUUCGGCCACCGGCCCCACAAGGAGCUGUGGGAGAGCAAAGGCGAAUGCGGCGAGACUUCGCCACAGUCCAGUGCUCAGGCCAAGCCCAAGGCCCAGAGCCCUGCUCCGGCCUCAGACCUGGAAAGCUCCAAUGUGGAAGACUCUCCACUGGCUAAAGUCAACAUACUGAUGGCCACAAUGGAGGCUCUAGGACAGGAAUCGGAGAAAGCCGAGAGACCCACUGAAACCCGCCGACUGAAAAUCUCCUGGCCACCACGCACAGAGUUGGAGGACGGUGGCAGUGGAGCCACGACAACCGCAGAUGGGGUCUCUCCUGGUAAACCCAUCAAAGCCAAGUGGCCUCCAGAGGAAGACUCCCCCUCUCCGUCCAACGACACCAACGAAGAUAUGUCCUGCCUGCGCCGGAGCUCCUCCCUGAAGGAGCGCAGCAUGCCCUUCACUCUGGCAGAGCAAACCAGAGACGGUCCAGCUCCCGAGGCCAGGAAGCGAAGUCCAACCCCUCCUGUGGACGAACAGCAACUCAGCCCUGAGCCGCCCAGCAUGGAGCUGCAGCACAGUGACGGCCGGUCAUCAGACAGCCAAACUCCCACUGAGGACAGCUGUGUGGAUGUACACACCAGCUCAGGAGAAGAAGAACAGGAGGGAGAGAUAAAGAGCGAAGACAUGACGGACCUCCAUGUCCCACAGGAGGACGACGAUGCUCUGGGAGGGAAAACUGAGGAGGAGCAAGAGGAGCAGCAGCAGCAGCAGCAGCAGCAGCAGGAGGAAGAAGAAGAAGAAGAGGAGGAGGAGGAGAUGGAGGAAGAAGAUGGAGGCAUGUUGGAGGAGAUGCCAUCAGAGCCCACAGCCACUUACUCUCCUGAGCCCGAGGUGGAAGCCUGCCACUCGUCCCAGGAUGUGGGAUUCUGGGACAGUGAGGAAGUGGAUGACAAGGAGGAGGAGGAGGAGGAGGAGGAGGAUCAUCAUCAUCAUCAUCAGCAGCAGCAGCAGCAGCAGCAGCAGCAGGAGGAGGAGGACGUGCUGACGGUGGAAGAGAUAAUUAAACGAAACCGAUGCUAUGAGGAGGAAGAGGAGGAAGAGGAUGUGUAAAGUGAAUGAUCUGCUCUUGGCCAACAAGCUGACAGCCAUGAACACUUUUUGCCAUUCCUUCAUGUUUAGAGCUUUUUCUACUUCUCUUCUUGAAAGUUUCUGCAGUGUCUAGUGUGAACUCUGAGCUCUUAUUUGUGCCUCUGUGAGUAGUUUUUCAAGCAUUUGAAACAAUUCCUCGUACAGUUUUUUUAAGACAGUUGUGCCGCUCUGAUAGAAUUUCUUUUAAAAAGUACAAUAUUUAAAGUUCUGCCCUGUCUGAUGAAUAUUUUUACAACAGAAAUGUCCAAACCUGUUCAAACACCAGCGACACGGUCUUAUCACGCCAAGAUGUGACAAACUAUUGUCCCUCAUCAUUAAAAAAAUGGAGUUGCAUUUGAAAGACAUGCUUAACACUACUCCAGUCUGUUACUAUUUGUAUCACUACUGGAUUUGAUGGGAUACAAUUUCUGUUGAUUAUGAAUCUGUCACUUCAUUUUCAGUUGCCAUGGGAAGAAAAAAAAAAUACAAUCAUGAUGUUCUGUUUGCAUUUUGACGAUUGCAUUUGUAACUGGAUCUGAAAAAUGUUUUUAAAACCAGGGACCAAAUAUCUUAAACUGCUAUUGUUUAAAUAAAUUGUUAUAUACUUAA